UUCCAUCAUUUACAUCCCUGCAGCCUCUCUCUGUCCCCGAACCCCUCCUCCUCCUCCUACAGAGAGAGAGAGAGAGAGAGAGAGAGAGAGUCAGUAUCCAGAGAGGACUCCAAUCUGCCGGAGCACAGCACUGCUUGCUUUCUUGAGAGGAGAGAGGCAGAGAAACACAAGCCAUCUCCUUCUCCUCCAUCUGUGUGAGGCUGGUACAUGCGUUGGCUGGUGGACACAGUAGCAGUGUUAGCAUUAGCAGGGGAUCUGUGCUCAAACUUCCAAAAUGCACAACAACCUCACCGAUUGCGAAGAGGGCGAUGGGGGACCCAACAGUCAGGGAGAUGUGACAUCCAAGGAAAGCAGCCCCUUUAUCAACAGCAGCACCAGUGACGUAGAGAAAAGCCAGCAGUAUGAUGGGAAAAACAUGGCCCUGUUUGAGGAGGAGAUGGACACCAGUCCCAUGGUAUCUUCACUGCUGAGCAGCCUCGCCAACUACUCCAACCUGACGCAGGGCAGUAAAGAGCACGAGGAGGCAGAAAACAACGAGGAGGCACGCAAGAAAACCGUGCAGGCUCCACGUAUGGGCACUAUCAUGGGCGUUUACCUGCCGUGUAUGCAGAACAUCCUGGGGGUGAUUCUGUUCCUCAGGAUGACCUGGUUGGUGGGCAUUGGAGGCGUCUUCGGAACUUUCACCAUUGUCUUCAUGUGUUGCUCCACGACUAUGCUGACUGCUAUCUCAAUGAGUGCUAUUGCCACCAAUGGAGUUGUGCCAGCUGGAGGUUCAUACUACAUGAUCUCUCGUUCACUGGGGCCAGAAUUCGGAGGGGCUGUUGGUAUAUGUUUCUAUCUAGGCACCACUUUUGCAGGAGCCAUGUACAUCCUGGGCUGCAUCGAAAUCCUGCUGAUCUACAUUGUGCCAGCUGCUGCCAUAUUCAAGAUGGAGGGUCUGGAGGGAGCAGAGGCCGAGGCAGCGCUGUUGAAUAACAUGCGUGUGUACGGUACCAUCGUGCUUUCCUUAAUGGCUUUAGUCGUCUUUGUCGGCGUGAAGUAUGUCAACAAGUUGGCCCUUGUGUUCCUCGCCUGUGUCAUUCUCUCCAUUCUCGCUGUCUACGCUGGUGUCAUCAAGACAUCUUUUGACCCGCCAGACUUUCCGGUUUGUGUGCUCGGGAACCGAACUCUUGUGUCAAAGGGAUUUGACAUUUGUGCCAAGACCAUUGAGAGAGGCAAUGCCACAGUCACCACUAAGCUUUGGAGAGCCUUCUGUGACUCUGAGUUCCUGAACGCCACCUGCGAUGAGUAUUUCAGCAGCAACAACGUCAGUCAGAUCCAGGGAAUCCCGGGAAUCACCAGUGGCAUCAUGGCAGAAAACCUCUUCAGUACCUUUAUGGAGAAAAAUUCAAUCUUAGAGAAGCGAGGUAUACCAGCAGUGCUCGACCCUGAGGCCCCAGAAACCAACACUAACCGAUACGUCCUGGCUGAUAUCACAAGCUUCUUCACCCUGCUGGUUGGCAUCUACUUCCCCUCGGUCACAGGUAUCAUGGCUGGUUCAAACCGUUCUGGUGACUUGCAGGACGCUCAGAAGUCCAUCCCAAUUGGUACCAUCCUGGCCAUCACAACCACCUCCAUCAUCUACAUGUCUAGUGUGAUUCUGUUUGGAGCGUGUGUGGACGGAGUCGUUUUGAGAGACAAAUUUGGGGAAGGUGUCAACGGAAACUUGGUUAUUGGUACCCUAGCAUGGCCCUCGCCCUGGGUCAUUGUGUUCGGCUCGUUCUUCUCCACCUGUGGGGCAGGGCUUCAGAGUUUGACAGGAGCGCCCCGUCUCCUUCAGGCUAUCGCCCGAGACGGCAUCAUUCCUUUCCUCAGGGUGUUUGGUCAUGGCAAAGCUAACGGUGAACCUACGUGGGCUCUCCUCCUGACGGCUUGCAUCUGUGAGAUUGGCAUCCUCAUCGCCUCCCUGGAUGCAGUCGCUCCCAUUCUGUCCAUGUUCUUCCUGAUGUGCUACAUGUUUGUUAAUCUGGCCUGUGCGCUGCAGACACUCCUCAGGACCCCCAACUGGAGACCGCGCUUUAAAUUCUACCACUGGGCUCUGUCACUCUUGGGCAUGAGCUUGUGUCUUACCCUGAUGUUCCUCUGCUCCUGGUACUACGCCAUUGUUGCCAUGGUUAUCGCCAGCUGCAUCUACAAGUACAUUGAAUUCUGCGGGGCAGAGAAAGAGUGGGGCGAUGGGAUUCGUGGCAUUUCUCUGAGUGCCGCCCGUUAUGCUCUGAUGAGGUUGGAGGAAGGUCCUCCUCACACUAAAAACUGGAGGCCCCAGAUUAUGGUGCUCAUGAGUCUGGAUGCGGAGCAGAACAUAGAGCAGCCUCGACUGCUGUCUCUGACCAGUCAGCUGAAAGCGGGCAAAGGCUUGACCAUCGUGGGAGCGUGUGUGGAGGGCACCUACUUAAACAACCAACCACAGGCGCAGGAAGGAGACCAAUCCCUAAGGAAGCUGAUGGAGGUCGAGAAGGUGAAGGGAUUCAGUCAGGUUGUGAUCUCUUCUAACCUGCGGGACGCCACCUCACACCUGAUCCAGGCUGGAGGUCUAGGCGGCCUCCGUCACAACACGGUUCUGGUCAGCUUCCCUAAGAACUGGAAACAGGCUGAGGAGCGCCACCGUUGCAGGAACUUCAUUGAGGUUAUUAGAGAGACCACUGCAGCUCACUUGGCCUUGCUGGUGCCGAAGAACAUCUCUGCAUAUCCAUCAAAUGGAGAGCGCUUCACUGAAGGCCACAUCGACGUGUGGUGGAUUGUCCAUGAUGGAGGCAUGCUCAUGCUCCUUCCCUUCCUUCUGCGCCAGCACAAGGUGUGGAGGAAGUGCAAGAUCCGUAUCUUCACUGUGGCUCAGAUGGACGACAACAGCAUUCAGAUGAAGAAAGACCUGAUGACGUUCCUCUAUCAUCUGCGAUUCGAUGCUGAAGUGGAGGUGGUUGAAAUGCAUGAAAGCGACAUCUCGGCCUACACCUACGAAAAGACCCUGAUGAUGGAGCAGAGGUCACAGAUCCUGAAGGAGAUGCACCUGACCAAGAACGAGCGCGAAAGAGAGAUUCAGAGCAUCACAGACGUGUCCCGUGGCUCUAUACGGCGAAAGAACCCUUCGAACCUGCACCCCCAGAGGAGUAUCGCCGAGGAGUCUGUGGGAGGAAAUGGUGAAGAGAAAUCUGAGGAGGAGGUUCAGCUCAUUCAGGGAAAAAAUGCCACCCCCACCCCAACUAGCCCCACCUCCCCUAGCGCUCCCACACCAGCAGCCAUGAGCCCCGGAGAGGAGGUGCAGAUGACCUGGACGGACGAUACGGAGAAGCCCAAUAACCCAGCAGUGGCCAACCCUGAAAACAUAAAGGAUAUGUUCAACAUGAAACCGGAAUGGGAGAACCUGAACCAGUCCAACGUCCGACGCAUGCACCACGCACAGAAACUCAACGAGGUCAUUGUGAAGAAGUCACAAGAAGCUAAACUAGUCCUGCUAAACAUGCCUGGACCACCUAAGAACCGCACUGGAGAAGAGAACUACAUGGAGUUCCUCGAGGUCUUGACUGAAGGUCUCAACAGGGUCCUCCUCGUGCGUGGAGGUGGACGUGAGGUCAUCACCAUCUACUCUUGAGGGGCUCAGCUCAACCACCAAAUAUUCCUCCCUCCUACCUAACAGCAUAGACGGAACGUCCCAGUGACCCCCAACCUACACCAUGAGCAAUAACGCCCCCAGCACAUAUCAGAUGACUUUGCACUACAUAGUCUAAAAAGACACCAGCUUAGUAGAUGUCACUUCUUCCACAUGAUUACGUUCUAUCCCUCUAUCUCUCAAUCUUCCUCUUAUUGACUCAGUUCUCAUCUCGUAAACUCAACAGCUUAUGUCACGCACAGAUCAGUAAAUGAUUGAUUUGGUCUUUUCUGACUCAUUUCCGAAAGCCCAUGUUCUCCAGUGGCACCUGACCAAAAACUCUGAUCCAACUUCUCUUUAUUUAAUAUUAUAUAUCAUAACAACAAAUUGAAGGGACAGUCACACUGGAUUUUAAACGUGCAAAACAACUGUAUUUUUGGUGGGCACUUCAAAACAGUCCAUUUUAAAAGUCAAAAUAUGGCAUUUGUUCGGAUUCAUCCUGCUUUCUUUAAAAGUUCGUUUUUAUCUAAACUUGUAUUACACUGUCUUUCAAAAGUUCAGGGUUAGUAAGAUUUUUUUUAAUGUUUUUGAACCAAGUCUGUGUUUAUUAGAUUUUUUUUUUUUAUUUUAUUCAAAAGUCCAGAGUAAAUCUCUCCAGAGUGGUAGCGUAUAUAGAACAAGAUAGAAAAAAUCCCUAAACUGAGAGUUUCCUCAACAUCGAUGUGAUAUUUAAAUCCUCUAUCGGUCAAACGUUUUAUAGAUAUUCGAACAGGCAGCUCAAAGUCCACCAGAUUCUUUUUCUUCUGUGGUUGUUUGCAUGUGAAACUAUGGAGGUGAAUGAAACUCAAAAUCUAGUGUGACCUUCUCUUUAUGCUUUAUAUUUAGUUCCUAAACACUCUCUUCAUCGUUUCAUUACUUGUCAUAGGGUAAAUAGAGUGGAAUCUUUCUUUCUUGAAAACAAGUCUUCCAGUGUACCACGUAAAUGUCUGAGGUGUGUUUUUACACCAAGGACAGAACUGACCAGGGUUUAACGUGAGCCAGGUAUAAGCACUUCUGGAUCAAUGACUAUCAGCUUUGCCCUUAAACCAUCUGCAUGUCCUCUGACUACAUCAGCCUUUUAAGAGUCAUAUAUACUGUACAAUAUGAGAGGGCUGGACCAUGUGUGUGUGUGUGUGUGUGUGUGUUUGUACAUGAGUAGAUUCAAAGUGGUUUUAUAAUAUUACAAGAGGGUUUGAAGGCUGUGUUCCUUUCACAGAUACGUUCACUUAAAAUAUAAUCGGCAGACAUGAAUUAUAUUGCUCGGUUACACACGUGUACUGCUGAAUAAUGGAAAACCCAUAUACAGCUCAAAUAUUCCAUGAAGAUAUAAUCCUGAAUAAUCCCAUUUAAUAACAGAAUCACAUAUAUAUUAAGGCAAUGUAAAUAGAAAAGAAUUAGUAUUUAUAUUUCAAACAUUUAUAUACAAAGAAAAUUAUUUAUUCAUCCAGCAAUUUCUGAUUGAUUGUAAACAUGGAAAAACAUGGUACUUCCAUCUCUUGCCAAAUCACUAAUUAUAAACCGUGCCAUAUGAGAAUUUUAAUAAAAAGCGAACAAAAUAAAACAUUUUCGCAGUUUCAUAUACAAGAAAUGGAUAGUGCUGGGCCACGACAUUAAAACAUAUCAUGCGUCUGAUAUUACCAGUUACUUUCUAAAGCAGAUGCAGUUUUAUCAUCCUUUUUCACCAAAUCAAAAGCAUAUUUUAACUGCAUAGUAUUUUAAACCCAUAUCUAAUGUUUGUCAUGAAUGUUGGAAAUUUUCAUUUAUUUUUACAUUUGUAAAGACAACACUAAUUUGCUACAUUUAAGCAGCAUCUGUGAGCGACUGAUGCGGACUGUUCAAUUCACGAGCACGAGCAUAUUAUUUAGUUCAUGUGUGCUAGAAAUAGAAGAUAUCAAAAGACAUUUAUCUAAAGAACUAUUUUAUUUUUUUGUAAAAUUGCAUCAAAGAAAAAAGGAAUAUAUUAGAUUACUGAAUAGACUAGUAUAUUAUCGUCUUGUGUAACUGUGACACUUUAAAAAGGAAAAUAACUAACUGUAUGUUUUAAAAUUUUAAAUCAAACUGUGCUGAGGUUGCUGCUACCGUCCUUAAAAUGUAAAUAGAUUGCACUCCCCCGAAACAUAAGAUUGAAAACAAAAGAAAAAAUAAAUGCGAUAUGUAUAGUUUUUGCAUUUAAGUCAAAAGUGUAUUACAUUCAGACUUACAAGUAAUUUUUCACAUGAUGUUUUACAGGGUUUUGGGUACUACAACUCAGAGACAGGAAGUACUUUAUUGGCAAAAUGUCUCAGAUAGGUUGUCAAAAUGCCACCAACAGUCUAACUAUUCAAGCAUACCUCAUACAUUAUCAUGUCAAAGUUCACACUUGUAGUAGAAAGAUAUUGUGUAAAGAUUGUGGUGUGUAAGUUCAUAAGUGAUAUUUAACUAAAUUGUUGUUUGCAAAAAGAAUUUGAAUUCUAGCUAAGUACAUUUUCUUUAUCAGUAUUCUAGUUAUGCUCAGAAAAAAACUGAGCUUUUUUUUUUAUCGAAAACAGGAAUUGCAAAGUGCUACCUGUCAUAAUUCUACCAAGUCUAUUGCUUAUGUUUCUAGCUUAAAUAAUAAUCUUAUCUAAAGGAACUUUUGCUUUGCUGUACGUUGGAAUUUACAACACACAAGAUGAGUUUGGCUUGUUUUGAGUCCUAUGCAAUUACAGUUUAGUUAUUCGAGGGUCUAAAACUACUUUCUACUGAAUUGUUUAUAGUGGUACUAGUAAGUAUUAUAGAUUGAAAUCAGAGCUUCCGUAUCUGCCAGGGUGACUUGCAGUUUGAUGAGAACUUUCCACAUUAUUUAAAGUCAUGCAAAGGGAAACAUGCUGGGAAAAUGUCACGAUUAAGCCAUAUUGGCUGCAUGCUGUUGGAUACAGAGGUUUCACUCUGCGACUGAUGAUGUCCCAUUCAUCAUGAAGUAUAGAAUAUCUGGAAUUGAAUUCAUAUUGAUGCAAAGGGCUUUACAAUAUAAUUUUAUCAGAUUCGUCUUAUCCUUUUCCAAGGCUUAAGGCAUAAACAAGUGUCAUAAACCUUUUGUUGUAAAGUAUGUAAUUCCUUAUCUUCCCUUGAAGGGGCAGUAAACUCUAAAGCCACCCCAAAUUGGCCAAAGCGUAACUAGAAAUAAGCACUGUGAAAAUUCAAAGUUAGUUUUUUCUCACAUAUCCACAUUCUUUAUUUCAUGCCCUUGCUAUGGAGCACUGUUGUGGGAAACUGAAAUAAACAUCUUUAGAAUUUGUAUAGAUUAACCAUAAUGCUUUUUAUGCAACGCUGACUUGUAAGAAUGCAAGUGGACUGACAGGGCUUAUAAAAUAACCAGCGAACUGAAUUUGAAAUCGCAGGUGUUUCAGAAGGUGCUAAUGAUAUUUGUAAGUGACUGCUGAUGUGGCGUGUAUGAAAACGUUCAAGUGCAAUAUUAAGAACGCUGACUUGUAUAGAAUGAGCUAUUUAGCCAGACUUGAAGUUAAUGGAGGGAAUAAGAAGUCCCCACAGCUGAUUUAUCAUGCUGUAUUGGGAUAUACACCCUUAAACAUAAAGGUAUUGGCAUCAGUGGUUCCGUGAAGAACCUUUAAAGGAAUUAUUUGAUGAAAAUUUAAUGACAAACCCUCAAGUUGUCAAAGAGUUUGUUUUGUGUUCAGAACAGAUUUGGAGAAAUUUAGCAUUACAUCACUUGCUCACCAAUGCGUGUUCUGCAGUGAAUGGGUGCCGUCAGAAUGAGAGUCCAAACAGCUGAUAAAAACAUCACCAUAAUUCAGAAGUAAUCCACACAACUCCACUCCAUCAAUAACAUUUUCUAUUUGCCAGUUUAUCUCUUUUAUCAAAAACUGUUUUGAAUUGUUUGUACUGCUUGUAAACUCUGCUUGAUCUGUGCAUAUACUUUUCUCCUAAUUCACACAAGAUGAUCUUCUCACUAAAGAAAGCAAUUUUGCAGAUUAAGGUCUCAUAUUUUAGCCUCAAACAACAGUUUAAAGGUGAAAACAAUAGAUGGUUGUGAUUUUUUUAUCAGCUGUUUGGAUUCUCAUUCUGACGGCACCCAUUCACUGCAGACGCUAAAUUUCUCCAAAUCUGUCCUGAUGAGGAAAUAAACUCAUCUACAUCUCUGAUAGCCUGAGUGUUAGUAAAUAUUCAGCAAUUUCUGGAAAAAGGUUAUUCAUAUAAUUAGAUAUUUUCCACACUAAUAAAAAUAAAUUAAAAAACUAUAUUUUGAAAGACAUUUAGUUUGAGGAACCUAAAAUUGAAUUGCUAUGAAAACUCACUUUUGGAACCUUUAUUUUUAAGAGUGAUCAAAUAGAAGGGGGUUUAACAGUUACUUUAGAUUCGUUCAGUGCUCCUGAUACAUCUUUCAGUGGGUUGGUUCACCAGGCCUCACCUCAGUCAUCCUUUCAAAUUUGAAGCAUUUAUUCAGAUUUUCUAAUGGCAAAGUGCAUUUUCAGAUAAUUCUGAGUUCUGAAAUGUUCCAGCAGUGUGUGCAAGAGCGUUUCUACACAUGGAGGGUAAUUCGACACUUUUUGUAUGGUAGUCAGUGUAGAUCCAAAGACAGUGAUUUGAUUGGUGAUGUGUUUUAUGUUUCCUGCUUCGGUUCUCAUGAGGAUUCAAAGUGGCGUGUGUUUGUGAGCAUGACUGUAACAGGGAAAGAGGUGGCGUGUUUCUGUUUCUUUAUGUAUAUGACUAUGUGACAUAUCACUCUGUUGGAAAAAGAGAGGUUAAACUGUGGCAGUUACUUUUUGUAAAUAUAUGACACAUUAUAGUUAUCUUUGCCUAGCUGUUUAAUUUGUGUGUUCAUGCAAGUUUAAUAUUUUAAAAUAAAUAGAAUAUUGUGUCUUAAUUGUGUUGUAUGAAAAUAUAUUUAAACUAGAUAUCUUAAAUUAUUGUUUUAUCUUGUCAAAAGCUUCUAUGUUCUACGAAUAAUGGUUUCACUGGACCAUUUUAUAGACUUGUCUGCACAAAAUGCAAUAAAGUUCAAGUCAUUUAUUACAA